AUGCGCGCCUCUACCGCCACCGCCAUCCUGGCGUUCUGCGCCUCGAGCUCCAUCGCUGCUCCAGCGCCAGCUCCUGUCAACAGCCCCCUCGACCCAGGCUUCAGCCUCCGCUGCCUCGACAGCCCAGACCUGAGCUGCCCACCUCCCGGCGAGGACGAAUUCGGCCAGCCUCAAAUCGUCGGCAAGCGUGCGACACAGAUCCUCCCUUUCGUCGCCGGCGCUCGUGUGGGGUCCGCGGUUUGGAAGGUCUUCAACUUGUUCGACAAGCGUGACGCCGACGCCUUUUGGGACUUCUCCAAGAUCAACCCGAACGACGACAGCCCCCUCAAUCCUUUUGACGACGAGCGCCUUCCUGGCAAGCGCGAUGUUGCCGAAAUCAACAGCAUCGACAAGCGUGGGGAGCAGAUUAUUCCUUUUGUCUUGGGCGCUCGUCUCGGGUUCGCGGCGUGGAAGGCUAUCAAUUUGCUCGAUAAGCGCGAUGCCGAUGCGUUGAAUAUCCCGGAUUUUGACAAGCGGGAUGUCGCUGAGGGCGAGGAGCCGCUCGAGAAGAGGCAGUUCACCCUGGGCCUCCGCAUUGGAGCCGCCCUCGGCAAAGAAUUAUUGUUCGGCGACGACGACAAGAAGAAGCGAGACGCCCUCGUCGAUGACAUCCCCGUCGUCGAAGACCUUCCCGUCCUCGGCGAUCUGCUUGAGCAGCUCGACGCGAUCCUCGAGAAGAUCCCCGUCGUUGGCAACAUCGACGACAUCCUGGCCAAGCUUCCCGUUGUAGGCGACCUCCCCGUCGUCGGCGAUAUCGUGAAGGACGACGCCGCCAGCGAGAAGACCAAGCGCGAUGCUCUCGUCGACAUCGGCCUCCCCGUGAUCGGAGACCUGAAGAAUCUCCCCGUCGUGGGCGAUCUCAAGAACCUGCCCGUCGUCGGUGACCUCCCCAUCGUCGGCGACCUCCUCGACGGCCAGGACGAGAAAGUCAAGCGCGGGUUCGUCGACAAGAUUCGCGAUUUCCUGAACAGGAUCGGUGCGGAUCCUACUGAUGAUGACCCAAUGAACCCCUUCGACGACCCAGGCCUUCCAGGCAAGCGUGAUCUCAUUUCAGGUCUCAGGAACUUUUUGAACGGUAUCGGUGCUGAUCCUACUGAUGAUGAUCCGAUGAACCCCUUCGACGACCCAGGUCUUCCCGGCAAGCGGAGCGCAAAGGCUUUCACUGCCUAG